CGAAUAGGCUACCAACAGGUAAUGUGAAACCAAUCCGAUUGAGAAAGUUGCCUCAGCCUGAAGAAGUGUAUUCCUGUCUACGCAGAAGUAGAAGAGUAAAGUUUUGGUUCCUUUUCUGAUCCACCCACAUGACAAUACAAACAAAGUGAUCGCAGCAUGAAUCCCGCCCCCGGGGUUCUUGGGAGCGGUUACCGCGACGCACGGUGAGAAGCACGUGAGACAACAUGUCGGGAUUACCUGUGGGGUGUUUGUUGUUGCUGGUGUGUGUGACGGCUGUUGCUCUUGAGAUCCGUGGAAAUGACGCACGAGUCCGCUGCUCCCAGGGUCUCUCCGACUGCCGAGUGAGUGAUUGGCCGAUGGACGCUUGGUUUGAACCUGUGGAGGGUAAGGUGGUUGUGCAGGGGGUGCAGGCGCGGGCUCAGCUGUGCUGUAGAAACAGACGGCAGUGUACCCUGUGUCUGGCUGUAGAGCUGCAGAUCCACAUCCCCCCUCAACCAGACACGAGUGAGGACCACGGGGGAGGAGGAAGACCCACCAACGGAUCCGUCAGAGUGUGCUGUGAAACCCAAACCACCCAGGGUGUGUGUCACAGAGUCCGCUUCACCCUUCACCCUGAUGCCCUCCCUCUGUCAAGUACCACGCAGCUGUCCCUGGAGGGUCAGCCAGUGUGUGCCCCUUACGGCGGCACGGCCCUGCUCUCGGUCCAGCCCUGUAGGCCACCGUGCCCCUUCCUAGCGCUCACCUUGCCCUCCCUGGAUGACGUGUGUUCUCCAGCCCUCCUUGACUCCGUAGAGGAAUGUGAUGUCCCCAGGAUAACGGCCGUGUUCCACCCCGAGACGGGCUUGGGCCUGGAGCUAGGGGGCCGCCGCCCGGGCCGGCCCGCCCUGCUAUGUCUCCUGUACGAGGCCGACGGACACUGCCGGACUAUAAACACGACCACCAUUCCACUGUGGGCUGUCACCACCUGCAUGUGUCUACAGGCUUGGUGGCCGACAGGGGAUCAGACCCGUCGAGCUAUGAGCUGCCCGUUUACAAACCACACUGAGGCCCUGAUCCAGAGGAACGAGGAUAGGAAUCUCUCUGUGUCUCUGGCGCUGGUGGAGCGGAGCGGGGCCCUUCUCCUCUGGAACCUGUCGGGCCCCUGCAGGCUAGCGGCCCAGGUGUGGCCCUGUCGCCCAGGCCAGGCCGGCCCCCACCACAGCUGUAAGGAGAUCAGGGGCCUGAGGAACGCCAGCCGCCUGGAGACCAGCAACUGGAGACAAACCCAGGAGGGCCGCUGGGAGAUAUCUGGGGCUUUCAGUUCCUUCGACCUUAGGUUCCCACCGUGUGUGAUGGUGAAAGUGAACCGGAUGGAGCAUGACUUAGGUCCCUACUGCAUUAAUUUCCCAACUGCCAGCAGAUGGCGCUGGAAUCUUCUGAUCAUCGCUAUGGUGACGUUGAUUUUGUUGGCGGUUCUGCUUCUCUACUCUCAACAUAACAAAAUAAAAAGGUGGGCAACGUGCUGGCGCUCUGCUCAAUACACACACACGGUGAGGGGCCAGGCGCUGGUGCUGAGCCCCCCAGACGCGGAGGAGGGUCUGUGUGAGUUGGUGUGCGGCCUGGGCUCCUCCCUCCGGGAGCAGGGCCUCGGGGUGUCGGUGGACCAGUGGAGCCGCGCGGAGCUCUGCUCUCUGGGGCCGUUGCCCUGGCUCUACGCCCAGCUGCUGCGUCUGGAGAAGCAGGGGGGGGGGGGCAGGGUGGUGCUGGUGUUGACCCGCGGGGCCCUGCAGAGGGCUCAGCAGUGGACACGUCUCUCCGGAUGGGAGGAGGACCGCGGACCGCAGGGCCCCACCGCCACCACCGCUCCCUCCCCUUACUCUGACGUCUUCUGGGCGUGUCUGGCAUGUGUGGCCGGGGCGCGGGGGCGGGGCCAGGCAGGGGAGCGCUUCCUACUGGUGGACUUUGAGGCCUGUCCCAGGGAGCUGGCCUGGGGCGGCGGGACGCUCCCGGAGCUCCUCGAGGGGCUGAGUGUGUUCCGCCUGCCCUCCCAGAGCCAGGCCCUGCUGCUGGAGCUGACCAGAGGAGCUGCUACACAUACCAAGGCCCAGCAGAGGACAGCGUCUGGACCGGAGAUGGAUCCUCUCACCCAUCAGACCCUAUGACGCCUCAAUCCUGGACUGCUGGAUUCUUAUGUACAUAACCUUAACUCGUUUCAGCUGAAUGAUUUUUAAUAAUAGAAUUGCAUCAUUGCUUUUAUUUUAAGCAAUGCGUGCGUGGUUUCGUCGGUGCCAACAAAACUUCAAUGUCUAAAAAUAAAUUAACUUAUCUGUU